AUGGCACAACCAGUAAUUACACCACCGGAGAGCCAAGCUUUCAUGGAAGGACUUCAACAUGAAAAACAAACUUCGAGUGAAAAUCUUUCAGUAAAUGUGAUACCUACACCGGUCAAUCCUGAUCGAAAGGAGAAGAGAGAGGAUAGUUCUUCUUCCGAAUAUCAGAUAAAGAGCAAGUGGAUAGGCGAAGAAGACAGGAGACUGAUUGGCUUAGUACAUCAAUUUGGAUUGAGGAAAUGGGCUGUAAUAGCUGAAGAAAUGAAGGACGUCUUGACUGACGAUGAAGAGAGAUGGUUAAUUCAAGCACAUGAAAGACUUGGAAAUCGAUGGCUAGAGAUAGCUAAGUACAUUCCUGGUAGAACUGAAAUUUCAAUAAAGAAUCACUGGAAUGCCACAAAAAGGAGGCAGAUUUCAAGGAGAAAGAUGAAGAAAGUAAAAGGAGAUAGAAGACAUAAUGGUUCCAUCUCCACUAACUCAAAUUCCAGCACCACCACCACUGCAGCAAAUCCGUCCAAUGCGGGCACACGACUCUCUAGUGAUGAAGACUCUACACCAUUUUUUAGUUUCGAAUCAUGUAAUAAAAAAAUGGAUUUCAUGAAAACCCUGUUUGAAAACAAUCUGUCCAUCGAUUCAAUUCCAGUCGAUCAUUGUCAACUAAUGAAUCCAGCUAAAGGGAUAUCUGAGAAUACUUAUAGCUUCAACAUUGAUGAAAAUUAUAAUCAUCCGACCAUUUUCUUCACUUUCCCGGAGAUUUUACAGACAACUAAUUCUCAACUACCUACUGUAGAAUAUGUGGAAAAUAACUUAUUCCAUUCUACUCCAAACCCUAUAGGGAAUAAAUUUUUCCAUUCUAAGAAUUUAGAUUUAGUCAUGGAAUUUAAUUCUAACUUUCGAAGCGUGGAGACUGGAGCUUCACAAAUUUAUCUCGAUGAGUUGUACUUUUCAUAUCAAUGGGAUGGAGACAAUGCUCGAAGCAUAAAUUUAACAACAAAUCUGCCAACAAUUAAUCGAGGUACAACCUUUAGAAGAACAAUGGACACGGAUUUGAUGGACAUGGUCUCAUCUUCUCAGCUACCUCCUCAAUUAAGUCCAUACAAUGGCUUCUUCUAA